AUGCCAUUGGGGAAAAAGGUUCGCUCUUCCUCUGCUUCAGGAAGAUUAGAAACCUUACAUGUGUCCAGCAUCCUUUCUGAAUUGGGGAGUACAGGAGAAAGAACAAGAAAGAAGCAGCCUGAAUGGUUGGUGCGGGAGCUGCUGAAACAGAACAAACGAAGACACUCUGUCACACUUGGAGACAAGGUUCAAAUCAUGAGACAACACCACCACCAGUCUACUGAUCCAAUUCAGAGCCUCAAGAUUGAUGAGAAGAUAUCACUUGAUAACCUCCAGAAACUGAAACUAGCAUUUGAGAGCAAUGCACAAAUUCAAGGGUUAUUUAAGAAGAUUGAUUAUUCAGGCCAGGGAAGAAUUUCAUGGGGUGAGUUCUGCACACACAUGUUGCAGGAGUACAAAGAAAAGGAGGAAACAGCAAGACGCAGUAAACAAGUGGCUUUCACUCUGCCAGCCACCGUGAAGGCAUUGUGUCAUAGCAUUCCCAUCAUCAACAUCCACUCCACCCAUGAUGGCACCAUCAUAACUGUGCGAGAAGAUGGAGCUGUUUGCUACUGGAGUCCUGAGCUUAAACUCCAGAGGACCAAACACAUGUUUAACGAAGGACCUGCAAACAGGAAGUCAAAGUGGGCAAGUGAUUUUACUCUGAUGACAGAGCACAACAAGCUGAUGAUUGGAACAGGGGACAGAGAGAUCCAACUUUAUGAGCUUUCCACACUGGAGCCUUAUUGCCAAAUUAGUACACUAGACACAGUCCCUUUGACUGUAGACUACGGCUGCACAGGCCUAGAUAAAUGUUGUAUUCUGUAUGGAGACACUGAGGGAGGUGUGAAUAUCAUUUUAGUGUCCUCUGUUGGAGAUACCUUCAGAUUAUGGAAUAAAUUACCAAAGAUUGAAAAUAUGCCCAACAUAACAAUUGACAAUGCAGUGCUCUCUCCGAGUGUGACAUUUGUGCGAUGGAAGGUUCAUCAGGACUGGGUGACACAGGUAAAAUAUUUGCCAAGUUUCCAAGCUGUUAUCUCGUCGACAAAUGAAGAGGCUUCAUCUCUUGUUAUGGGUUGUGUGCUGCCUUUAACGGAUGCUGAGCAGCAAUUGAGUGAGAUCAGAGAAGCUUGUUAUGAAAGUAAGACCAAGAAGGACCAACUGAGCUGGACUCCACAGCUCAGGGCUUCAUGUGACCAGACAGUCUUCACCAUCUGCAAAGGUGUGAAGACCUUUGAUCUUUGUCAGAAGCACAGCCUGCUGGUUACUGGAGGCAUGGACAGACUCAUACGCAUGUGGAACCCACAUUUUUCUGGGAAACCAACUGGGAUUUUGAAAGGCCAUUCUGCUCCUGUCAUGUACCUCUGCAUCUCCUCAGAAGACAGUCAAAUCUUCUCAGUCUCCAUAGACUGCACUGUAAAAAUCUGGGAUAUUCAAGAUCAGUGUUGCCUGUUUACAGCAGAUCCAAAAGCCACUGGGAUUCAUGGUGACAUAUCUGCAUGCCUAUAUUCCCCUGCUAUGAAAUCCCUUUACACAGCAGCAGACUGUAUGGCUGUGCUGUCUCUGAAGAUAAGGCCGCAGCUUCACAGCCGUCUGAAUGUCUCACAUAAUGAGCCUGUAAUGUGCUGCGGCUACAGUGAGGAGUUUCGUCAAGUUGUCAGCUGUACUGAGGGAUCUGUGGUGAAAGUUUGGGAUUUUGACACUGGACGUCAGGUUUUUGAGUUUGGUGGCACACAUGACCUGUCUGCCAUCACAUGCAUAACUUUUGACCCCAAAGGGAGGAGACUCAUCACAGGGGGAAGAGACGGUUGUCUAAAAAUCUGGAACUUUAACAAUGGGCAGUGCCUAAAAACCCUAAAGAAGGAUGGUGAAUGUCACGAGGUGUGCGACUGCUACUUUCUGAAAGUUCACAGGAAUUCCUAUGUGAUGUCUGUCGGCUGGGACCGGAAGAUUGACAUUUACUCAGACAUACCUGAGGACCCUCACCAUAUCCAGAGGCCACAGCCUUCAUGGCAGGAUGAUCAGAAAAAUGGCCAUAAGGAAGACAUCCUUUGUGUGACACAUUGUCCCCCAUCUCUUGUGGCCACCAGCAGCUAUAAUGGAGAGAUUAUAGUGUGGAAUGUGAUUUCUGGACGUAUACAGACACGGUUUGUCAGCCCUGUGCCAGCUGAACACCAAAAUGUUGAAGGCCUAGAUAUUAGUGUUCCGAGCAUGAUUUUCCUGAAGAACUCCAAGUUACAGCAAUUUUCUUCAGCUACAGCUCUCCUGUCGUCUGGGGCCAUGGGUUGUGUAAAUAUCUGGAAAGUGCUCAGUGGUGGAAAGUUUGUGAGGAGCUUCAAAGCUUCGAAAUUCCAACAAAAGAUUACAAAACUGGCUAAAACAGACAAGGACACGUUGUACGCUGCUGACAGAAUUGGUUACAUCUACAUUUAUGACAUGGAGACAUUUGAUCUUAAUGCUGAGAGAAAGCCACCAAGAGCUAAGAAAUUCUGGCGUGCCCACACCAGCAGAGUUACUGGCCUGCAGAUUGUUGACAGUGAUCUAGUGGUGCUUACCUCAUCCAUGGACUUCACAGUGCGCCUUUGGAGUGCACAUGGAGAAUUCAUAGGGACAUUUGGGCAAUCUGAGAGGUGGAGUGUCCACAUCUCCUCUUCCUGGAUGCAUCCUGCCAUCCCCUAUGAGGUUUUGAUUGAUCCUCUGAGUAUGCCAGAUCAUGAAAUCCUGAGAGUAAAAACACAUCUCCCUGAUGCCAUCAAUCCUGACAAGACAGAGGCUGACGUAGAGGAAUUCAAGAGAGAAGUUCCUCCCCUGGGCAUCAUCCUCCUGCAGCCACUCCUACAGAGAGUCCAGUUGGAAGAGGUCAGGCUGUCUGUCAGUGAGUCAGUGACCUCAUCCCGCCAGCAGAGUGCGUCCCUGAGCCUUGUACAGAAAGUGGGGAUGCCUCCUACUGGAGCUCAACACACUCCCCGUUCUCUAUGA